AUGUGCUGGUGGAACAAAGCAACUCAGAGAAGAAGUUUUCACUUUUCCUUUCAUUUCUCUGGGUAUAUCUGGGGCCUGAAAGUGUGUGAUUAUUGCAGAGACACACAGAAGACAGCUGCAUCUGCAGAGCUGAGGACAACUGGAUCUUGUUCACACUUGGGCAGAGGAAGACUCCUGGAUAUUGAGAUCUUCUUUGAGGAUGUCGCUGAGUGUCUCUGGGACAUACUGAGCAGGGAGGAACUGCUUCUCCUGCUGACUGAAUUCCUGAGGAAAAUUGAGGCGAAGGCUGGUUUGUCCAGGGAAGACAUGAAUGCACUACACGAAUAUCUGAAUGAAUUGAAAACAGACUUGGCUGGGAAGGACCAGGAAACGCUCCCAAAAGAGCAGCUGGACAGAGGGAGGUUUCUGAGGAAGUUUCCUCGGGUGACGCAGCAGCUGGUGGAGCUCAUAAGCAAGCUCCGGGAGCUUGCAGACAAUGUAGACAAAGUCCACAGGGACUGUACCAUCUCCAAUGUGGUGACCCACAGCACCGGCGUUUUAUCUGGCGCCCUGACCAUCCUUGGCCUGGCUCUGGCACCCGUGACAGCCGGGGCCAGUAUGGCACUCUCAGUCACUGGGAUAGGGCUGGGAGCAGCAAGUGCUGUGACGGCUGUGUCCACCAGCAUCGUGGAACAUGUAAGUAGGUCAUCAGCAGAAAACAAAGCCAGUCAAUUGAUGUCAAUUGCUGUCAAGAAAUGGAAGGUGCUCCUAGAGGUACUCAAGAGCAAGCCCCACAUUAUUGUCACAACAAAGAAAUUGGCAAAAGUGGAAAAACACCUUGAAAGAAAUAUCCAUGCCAUGGAGACAGGUGAAGUCAACCCUGACUCUGCAGCCAAUGCAAACAUCCUCAUGAGCCCUGGGAGAAUCUCAGGCCCAGCCAUCCACCAAGUAGAGACAGCUUUGAAAGGCACGGCUUCGGCAGUUACCAAAGGAGCCCGAAUCGUGGGUGCGGCCACUGCAGGUGUCUUCCUCCUGGUGGAUGUGGGCUUCCUGGUGAAGGAGUCAAUGCACCUGCAUGAUGGUGCAAAGACAGCAUCAGCUGAAAACCUGCGGCAGCGGGUCAGGGAGCUGGAGAGGAAGUUGGAGGAGCUCACCCAGAUCUAUAAGCAUCUGCAAGAGGACCCAACUCCACCACCCCCAGAGCACUGAGGGUCCAGGGACACAUUCAGGGUCAAGGUGCAGAGGCACCUUGUUAGGGAAAAAAGGAGAGUGAGACAAAAUUGUUGGAGCUGAGGGUUAGGAAACUGGCAUUUCUGCAGCUGAGCACGGGAGGGGAGGGGUGAAUGUAGGUGAUAGAUGGGGAGAGAGAAGGAGCCUGGAUUAAGGGAGGAAGGGGGACUAGGGAAUGGGCGGGGGCCGAGGGAGAAAACUAUUUUUUUCAUCCUAUGAACUUUUUGUUUUGUAUUGAGGAACAGGCGAUUAACAGUGGUGAGAUAGUUUGAGGUGGACAGUGAAGGGAUCAGCCACACACACACACGUAUCCAUUCUCCCCCUAACUCCCUUCCCAUCAGAAACCACUUACUUUGAACUAAAGAAGUCACUGGGGGCAGAAUAAAAGGAGAGGCAUGGGAUCUAGCAACAAGAGACC